AAGUUGGUCAAACGGUGCUUUUCGUUUAACCGCUAUAUCGGUUUGGUUGUUUGGCGUCAUGUGCUUAGUGCCCGUAAACGUUCGCUUUAACCUGCUUUCUUAAGAAAAGGAGUUCGUAAAAACCUCCCGUAAUGUUAGUUCUCCUGAAAGUGCCCCCCCCCGCCGUGGGAGACAGUUUACGGGGCCGUUAUGUGAGGACAACAGGUAACGUGAGCUCGUGAGGCAACGUUCACUCCGCGUCAAAACGUUUUCAGAUAAAUACUAUGAAACAAUUGAGCCAGCAUCCCUUCAGAGCCUUUUGAUGAGCUGACGGAUGUAACUGCGCUCCCAGAAGAUCACUGCGUUUGCCUUUUGGGGGCCCGGUCGCAGCCAUGUCAGAGGAGCCUCCGCAGUUCGUGAAUCCUCCGCCCCCUGAGGUCACCAACCCCAACGGGCCACGCCGGAAGACCAACCAGCUGCAGUACAUGCACAACGUAGUGAUGAAAUCCGUGUGGAAGCACCAGUUCUCUUGGCCUUUUCAACAGCCGGUCGACGCAGUCGCUCUUGAGCUACCAGAUUACCAUAGGAUCAUAACAUUUCCCAUGGACCUGGGAACCAUCAAGAAGCGACUGGAGAACGACUACUACUGGAGUGCAAGUGAAUGUAUGCAGGACUUCAACACCAUGUUCACCAACUGCUACAUUUACAACAAGCCCACAGACGACAUCGUGCUGAUGGCGCUCGCCGUGGAAAAGGUUUUCUUGCAAAAAGUGGCACAGAUGCAGCAGAUGGAAGUGGAGAUCAUUCCUCACGCACUCAAAGAGAAGGGCAAAAAAAGUAGCACCCCAGGCGAGCAGAAAGGAACCGAGACCACGUGUCCCUCGGCUGCGACUCAGCCAAACCCCAGCAAGGCGCCCUCCAGCUCAUCCUCGAUGGCCAAUCGUCCUUCACACGCCGCCACAAAAAAGAAAGUGCUGAAGCGGCAUGUAGAGGGCCCCGCCAACCUCUCCACAGAAGCUGUAACCCUUAAAGACGCGGCCCAACAGGAAGGGUCCGAACAGCUCCAGCACUGCGACGAAAUCCUGAAGGAGAUGCUGUCCAGGAAGAACCUGGUCUGCGCUUGGCCCUUCUACAAGCCCGUCGAUGCUGAAGCUCUGCAGCUAGACGACUACCACCACAUCAUCAAGUACCCCAUGGACCUGAGCACGGUGAAGAAAAAGUUGAACGGAGGAGAGUACCAGGAUGCACAAGGCUUCGCCGCAGACGUUCGGCUCAUUUUUUCCAAUUGCUACAAAUACAACCCGCCACAUCAUGAUUUUGUUUCUAAGGCCAUAAAGCUUCAGGCUUUGUUCGAGAAGAGGUUUGCAAAGAUCCCAGAGGAGCCAGUGGAGUUGCCGGCGAAGAGGGCGGGUUUUAGUGGGAACGGCUCCUACAACUCCGAAAAAUCCCACUUAGAGGACGAGUGGGCCGAACCCGUCCGACUCGCUGGGUUUCAACAGCCGCUGUCUGCCUACUGUGAAGUCUCUGCGCUUCCACCCAAGAAGGAGAAAGACAAGGACAAGAAAGGGGACAGACAAAAACAAGGCAGUGCAAAUCACAACUCCAGGUGCUCGUGGUUGGGGAGCAAAGUCUGGGAUUCAGAGGACGAAAGUCUGCAGAUGACGUACGACGAGAAGCAACAGCUGAGCCUCGACAUCAACCGCUUACCGGGGCUGAAGCUGGGCCGCGUGGUGCACAUCAUCCAGAGACGGGAGCCCUCCACUCACGACACCAACACGGACGAGAUCGAGAUCGACUUUGAGAUACUGAAGCCGUCCACUCUGAGGGAGCUGCAGCGAUACGUCAACUCUUGUCUGUAUAAGAAGUUCAAGAAAUUUCAAAAGAUAAGCAGUCGUUCUGCGUCUCAUCUCGUCAGCAGAGGCACUUCCUCCGAUUCUGCCCCCAGCGCCUCCAGUGACUCCAGUUCAGAAAACAGCAACUCCUGAUGCCUGUAAUAUUAAUAUUUACUUCUUUGUUUAUUAACAAAAGAGAGCUCUGCAAAACUGUCCAACAUGCCUAUUUUUCCUGUGUUUAAAUAUUUGGGAAAGGAAACUUGUUUGUACUCAGUGUGGCCUUUCUCGCUCAUUCCUUAUAACUUCUUAAUAUCCGGCACUGGUAUUUCUUAUCAGCGGUUAUAAAUGAAAUGGGGCAUAUUUCAUUACAUCUGAGAUUAAUAUCCUGUCUCUGUCACUCAUUUUGUAAAUGCUUUUUAAUUACAGGACGGGCCCUUUUCAAUACACGCCGGUGACAACAAGUAAUAUUGUUCUCAACAUCCUGUUUUGCACCAGACAGCUUUCUAUAGUAGCCAUGAAGUCGGGGAAAGUACGUUUCUAUUGUAGCACCAGGUUAUAAACAGACAUCAUGUUAUGUUAGAACAAGAAACAACCUCAAGCACGUUGCAGAGUUAUGAGGGCUGCUGUCUGAGACCUGGAUGCGGAUAUCUAUCUUAAUUUAGUCUUACACGUGUUCUCUGUUUCAGUUGUGGAGGAACCAUUAUCAAUGUUUUACUGUUCAGCACUAAAUGCACGUGACAAUUUUAUUUUUACCUUUUUGAAAUGUUUUGUUUAUUUGUUUGACUUCCACCUUUUUUGGUGUCAUCCGCUUAUACGAAAUACUGCUAGUACACACAGCUAGUGUUGAGCUGUCCAUCAAUCACAUACGUUAACAGUUUUGGGCAUGAAGCAGUGCUGUAAGUGUUUUCCCCUCGAGGCUUCUUAACAUAGUUUGAAAGUCAACUUGAGCUCAUCAACCCAUCGAUGUAAACAUAAUGCCUGCUGUUAUUUAUCCCCCCUCCCCUUCCUAACGACUUAAUUUGUGCUUAAGUCGCUAUAAAUAAAUAAAAAUGCCAUCUGUUGUCAAUGAACAUGCUCUUGUCGCCAACUAUGUUUUUUGUUGUUUUUUACUAUUUGGUUGCUGUUACAAUAGUAAUAUGACAAUAUUUGUGAUCAAUAUUCUUUGAUUUACUGUUUAGUCAGGUUAAUAAAAGAAAA